AUGAUUUCAUCUCAUCAAGAAAAAGCUGGGUUCUUGUUAGUGACGGUUGAAGAAGAGAGCACUUCAUCCAGUCUGAGCAAUAGCACCAAAGCCUUCAGUAACAAUGGCUCCACAACAAAUACCAAAGAGCCACUUCAUGAAUACAAACAUCAUCACCGAAGAAGGAACUUUCGGAUGAUGGAAUCCACCAUAACGAAUAAAACCAACAAGAGGCAACUCGCUGUGGAAGAAGGAGAAGAGAUCCCAAUUCUUCAUCAUCAUCGGGCGAAUUCAUCCAUCAUCAUGGAUCCAUCGUCAAUGAAAUUCCAUGAUGAUGAUCAUCUCCAACAUGAAGCAACAACAAUUUCUGGCCGGCCACACAGAGAAGAGUUGAGCUUGCAAGCAACAUUUCUCGGGAAGAGAAAUUUAACGGAAUUCAAAGCUGAAAAUCAUCAAGAUCAUCACGUUGUUACAGAAGAAAUUGAGGAUUGCCAAACACCAUCUCCGCUUGUUUGGAAUGACGAGCCAAUGGAUCAUCCAGGCUCUUUUCCGCACCCUGUUCCUGAUACUUACCAAGCUGAGCACGCUCUUGAGAUUCCACCAAACGAACCUGCAAAUCAUGAACGUGAGAUGGAGCAUCAACCACUCGAUCAAUUACAACAACCACAUCAAAACUUCUUUUGCCCACAAAUUGUAGGAUAUGGCAACAAUGGAACGUUAUAUGUACAGAGCCAACACACGGGAAGGCUAAUUCCAGCAGUGUUGUCGCCCAAGAAAAAGAAGCCAAAAACCAAACAUCCUUUGAAUGCCGAGUUGAUCAACACUAAAACCAAUGUUGUGAGAAUUAGAAAGAAGAAAGGACAAACUGUUGUGAAUUGUGAUGUCUAUGUGGGCAAUAAGUGUUUUCAUGGAGGAUGGAGAUUGCAAGAAUCGAAAUGGGCCAAUCCAUUUGAAAAACUACCAAAAUCUGAAAGCUUACAAAAGUACAGAGAGUAUAUCUUGAGUCAGCCCAAGUUGAAACGUGAAUUGAUUGAACUUAAAGGCAAAACUCUUGGUUGUUUUUGUGAACGGCAUGAAAGACCUUGUCAUGCAGAUGUAUUAUGUGAAUUAGUUGAGGAGCUCUAUCCCUAA